CUGUGUGUCUGUGCAGUCAUUCAGACUCACCUCAAACAGUUUCUCUGUACAGAAGAACGGACAAAGCUCACCGAUUAUGGAGACAAGAGGUGUUUUAGCACUCUGUUUCACCUGUUUCAGUCUGUUCAGCGGGGGGCAUGGCGAUAAACAGGACAUUUAUGCGAAAGUUGUGGAUUUAAUGUCGCCAGGACAGGAGUUCCUCACAGAUGAUGCGGUUCGCCUGGUUUUUGAACGGCUGGAGAAGCGCGUGCUGUGCUCAGGUGUGUCGUGUGGAAAGUGCCUUUCUGUGGAAAUUCUGCCCCAGCUGUUGAGCAGCUACAACACCUCACAGGGGCUACAGAUGGAGGACUUCUUCACAGUGGCCCCUGGGUUCUGUCUGUUCCUGAGCGGGCCCCCAGACACCUGCAGGGGCAUACACGAGGGCCGCUGGAGCGUACAGACCCAACACUUCAUUGAAACAAUGUUAAGCCACGACAACAACACCACCACCAGUAAUCCUCCCCAUGGUGAUAUCGGUGCCACGGAACAUGAGAGUUUGGAGAGACUGUUUCACAAUAUGGAAAAAUACAAUCAGCCUGACGUACAUGAGACCUGUCUCUCUCUGAACAACAUCCUGAAAGAGAGCAGCGACCAUGACGGAGACCACAUACACACAGAGCUGGACGCUGUGUUCGGAAACAUUGUUUAUCAUGCCCUGCGUGGAGAUUGCAUGAAGGCGCAUGUACUUCCUGAGCAAGAGUAUUUCCUGAAUUACAUCUUUAACCUUUUUGGCUCUGAAAAUCUCACCCUGCAUGAGCUUCUCAAGACCCUAAACCUUGGUGGAGAGGAACACAACCACGACCAUGCCCACCUUGAUGAUGAGCCCCACCACAGCGGAAAGACCCGUCGGCAAAGUCAUCCAGACAACAGCAGCUGGGACUCGACUUGUUUCAGUGCUGAAGACCUGCUGAGGAUCUUCCACAUGAACUCUUCCACAACACUGACCAGAGAUCAGUUUACUCAGCUCAGUCCUGCCCUGAUUCAACAGAUUCUCAGUGGAGGCUGUUCUCAGAUCAGUACCACCCCUGUGACCAAUGAUUCCCUGAGCACCUUCGAGAGAUAUGGAUAUGCCACCCUUGCCAACAUCAUCAUCUGUCUGAUGGCCAUGUUUGGGAUCGUGGUGCUGUUGUUCUCCACCUGUACUCAAGUGUUUGAGCUCUGUAUUCAGUUCUGCAUCAGUCUCGCUGUGGGAUCUCUCACAGGUGACGCUCUGUUGCAUCUGCUUCCUACGAUAUUGAGCCUUCAUAAACAUGAUGAUGGACACAGUCACGACCAUUCGAAGCAGAACUUUGACUAUGUUUACAAGCUCAUGGUGGUCAUUGGGGGUAUCUACAUCUUCUACCUGCUAGAAACCAUCUUCUCCAUCAUUACUCGUCAAGAUCACCAUCAUCAUACUGGAGAGUCUGUCCCUUAUCACUGUGACCACAGCAAAGUUGUGCAGUUGUUCCAGAGACGAAGACAGAACAAUCACUCCACCUCACAGGCUGAGCUGGUGGACAAGGAAAAUAAUGAGAAGUUUGUCCCGGAACCAACUGGCCCCAAAAGAGAGCAGCAUUUGCUCCCCUAUAUGAUCACCAUUGGAGAUGCCAUCCAUAACUUUGCAGACGGUUUGGCAAUGGGUGCUGCAUUCUCUGUGUCGUGGCGUUCAGGGCUGGCAACAUCGCUCGCUGUGCUCUGUCACGAACUGCCACAUGAGUUAGGUGAUUUUGCGAUCCUGUUGCACUGCGGUCUGUCUGUGAAAAACGCUCUGCUGUUGAACGUGGCCAGCGCUCUCACCUCAUUCUUUGGCCUGUACAUUGCACUGUCCGUCUCAACUGAAACUGUUGCCACAGAGUGGAUUUCCGCUGUCACUACCGGCCUCUUUCUGUAUGUUGGUCUUGCGGACAUGCUUCCCACCAUGAUUCAUGUGGACAGUAAAAGACCUUGGCUGGUGUUUCUGCUGCAGAAUCUGGGGCUGUUGUGUGGCUGGGGAAUUUUGUUGCUUCUGUCUGUAUAUGAAGACCAAAUAGGUGUCUAAACAUGGCACUUGAUGUUUGAGUGGUACAGUAGUUGUUGAAACAGAUGUAAUAUAUGCAUGCAAUUUAGUGCUUCAAUUUAGUUUUCAUAUGGAAUGUUAAUUUGUUUUGACUAAGCAAUAAACUGUAAUAAUGUUUUCAUCAUUAUGUUAUAAUAUCUUUGUUUCCAUCCAUUUAACUUGUCGCAGUAAGUCUAUUUCUUUUACUUAAAAUUUUAAGGACGCAAUUACACUAUUUUAAUGGAUUUGUAUUUUUACAGUGUAAGUAAUGAGAAGCCAUGUGAUGCAUGUUCAAGAUUCGGUUUCUGUUAUUUUUAUUUUAGAGAUAUAAUUGUAUUUAACUUUGAUAUCAGUGCAGGACAGAGUAUUGACAACAUACUACUAUGUGGAAAUGAUUGUACUUGAUGGAAUUCUGCUAGUGUGAAAUUUGAUUGCUUUUUUUAUCAUGCUAUAUAAAAACCUGUACAUAAACACUUAAGAAAACAGACUAAUGCUGACUUUUGUCAAAGCUAUUUCUGUGAGAAUAUUCCUAUACAUAAUUAACUCAUUGAUAUUACACUUUUAAUAAUUAACUCAUUGAUGUUGGCACUCUGUGUUCACAAUACGUCACAAUGCUCAGUAUCAUUAAGGUCUUAUGUAUGCAUAUAAAUGUGUUGUUAGUGCCAUAACAAGUUGAAGGUGUGAAUCCAGUCAUUUUGUCCUUGGGUCAAUCCUCAGAAGUGCCCAUUAGUCAACAAUAGCCACAGAAAUGUAAGCGCAGCGUAGUUCUAGCGGGAAGACUAGCAGCUGUACAUCAUCACACCAUUAGCUAGGUUAUUCCUAGCCAAUCACAUGUAGGCCAUUGCUUUAUAAGUCUGCUCACAAUCUAUCACAUUGCUGAUUCAGUGUGCUAACACGGCAACCUCCACCACCCCACCACCACCAGUUGAGUCCCGUCUUGCACGGGGGUAGGCUCCUCGCCCCUGCCUCUAUCUCCGGCAGGAUAUGACGGUUCCGAGUACAACUUCUUCGGACCACCAGACGAGGCUUACGCCAAAGAGAGACAUUACAUUUCUGUUUUAUAUUCAUCAAAUAAAUGUCAUCUUAAAUUUCACUCAAGUCUGCAAGCCUUCCUGAUAGAACUGCAGGGAAAUUACAAGUUGCUUUGAAAAAUAACCUGUACAGUCUCAAUUUUAAUACAGCGUAAUGGCUACAAUAAAAGUG